GCUGCAGUAUUAAAUUUUGUGACGUCCAGUAAGCUUGAGCUCGCGACAACAAAUCCGAGGGUUAAAAUUCGCCAAGUGUACAGCUAUACAUAUAUAUAAGGCCCGACCCCGCCAGCAUUCCAAUUCUUAGUAAUCCUCUUUGCCAAUCCAAAAAACCAACGCCAAAAACCAAAUUAAGAUGGCCGCCCCAGCACCAGCACUCAAGGAUCUGCCCAAGGUAGCCGAGAACCUGAAGAGCCAGUUGGAGGGCUUCAACCAGGACAAACUGAAGAACGCCAGCACCCAGGAGAAGAUCAUUCUUCCCACCGCCGAAGAUGUGGCUGCCGAGAAGACCCAACAGUCGAUCUUCGAGGGCAUCACCGCCUUCAACCAGAACAACUUGAAGCACACGGAGACCAACGAGAAGAACCCGUUGCCCGAUAAGGAAGCCAUCGAGCAGGAGAAGGAGAAGAAUCAGUUCAUUGCCGGCAUCGAGAACUUUGAUGCGAAAAAGUUGAAGCACACCGAGACCAACGAGAAGAACGUGCUGCCCACCAAGGAGGUGAUCGAGGCCGAGAAGAAGGCUUAAAAGGGGUCCAAGUCCGGUCCAAUCCGAUCCGAGAUCUGAGAUCCGCGAUCAGAGAUCAGAGAUCCGAUCCUCAGUCACCCCGUCGUCUCUUUUACGUCUCGCCGCAUCUCACUCUUUAUACUUAUAAAAACUAUUCCCUCUCAUUUUUCCAACUGCUGCAAAAGUAUUUUACUAUUGUUUUUUUUUUCUAUUUUUAUUUUUAUAUAUUUUUUGUAUUAACAAGCGAGAGAGCCAGUCUCAUUCCUACAGCGUAAUUAACAUAAAAUAAACAUUCGUCUAUCCCAUAUAUUUGUGCAUAAAUGUUUUCAAAACACACACAACACACACAUCAUCAGAGGAAAAAACGCAGAUACAAAGCAAUACGAACGACAGCCAACUCACUCAGAACAUUUGCACUUGCGCAAAAAGAAAGACAGCAGAUAUAUGAGAAAUACUUUUUAAAAGACACGAAACAACACGUAUGAAGCGUAUAAAACAGAAAAACAAACAAAAAAAAAACAAAAAAAGAAAUACGGUAGAAAACCAUCUAUAUAAAGAGUAUGUGUAAUUUUUUAAUGAACUUUUUUUUAUAUACUUUACAUACGAUAUAUUUAUACUGGGAAAAAUAAAAAAUAAAUGUAACAUUUUAUAACAAAA